GGGGGCGAUGCGGAGCCGUCGUCCGUCAGUGAGACCGGGUCACGACCGCUGUGCACGCGUUGCGCUCCGGCUCACACCAGUGGAGGAGCUUCAGUGCAGCUCUGGCCCCUGACGGGGUCGAUUUUUACCAUUUUUAAACCCGUGUCCGCUACAUUGUGGCUGGGAAAGUGAGGUCACUCUCGCUGAUAAGACCGUGCACACCCGUUACAAUGGGGGACGUUGAGGACGCAGAAGACCAGCUGUCAGCGCUCACUGCCAAACACAAACAGGAAAAGAAGGAGCUCCAAGGCAAAACGCUGUCUAUGAAGAAAUCCAUCUCAAAGACGGAUAAGAAGAAAAAGAAGGAGCUCAACGAGCAGAUCGAGAAACUGGAGGCAGAACUUCAGAAGCGACAUGAUGAAGAACUCAGUACUUUGAAAGCCUCGCUUAAUGUGGACAAGCCGCCACCUGCCGAGGUGGAGACGGUGGCCGCCGAGGUGGAGCAGCUGACUGUGCGCGAGCCGCGCGUCACCAAGGCGCAGCGGCGGCGCGACAAGAAGGCCGAGCAGCAGCGGCAGCGCGACGACCGAAUCGCCGAACAGGAGCUGCUCAACCGGGAGGGGCCGCGCCACCUGGAGACGGCCGCCAUACGACACCGGCUGCGCGCGCGCGGACGCGCCAUCCAGCCCGUGCCGUCCGACGGCGACUGCCUGUACGCGGCGGUGCUGCACCAGCUGGGCGGCUCGUGCGGUGACGCGUCCAUCUCGACGCUGCGGCGGCGCGCCGCGGACGAGCUGCGCAGCAACGAGGACGAGUACCGGCCGUUCCUGACCGACCCGGCCACAGGCGACAUGUACUCGGACGAGGGCUACGAGCGCUACUGCCAGCUGGUGGCCGAGACACCGGCCUGGGGCGGGCAGACUGAGGUGGCGGCGCUGUCGGCGGCACUGAAUCGCUGCAUCGAGGUGGUGCAGGCGGAGGGGCCGCCGGUGGUGCUGGGCGCCGGCCGGCCGGCCGAGCCGCUGCUCAUCACCUAUCACCGGCACAUGUACGGCCUGGGCGAGCACUACAACACCACUCGGACGGCCACCGCCGCCGACGAGAACAGCGACAGCGACUGACGCGGCGUGCCGGCCGGCGCUGCCUGAGGGCGCCGAUUUGUGGCGUCAAACGCCGAGCCACGGCGCUGACGCACGUCGUGAGGAAUGGUCUGAGGGAGUUAUCCGGUUGGUGUCGUGCUUGGUUGCGCUGGAUGGCCGGGUACUUAGUUUGUUUUCGGUUGUCAUUGGAAAGCUGUGCGUGUCCGUUUUUGCAGCUGGUCGUCUCCUCGUAAAAGCUUCAGUGCAACCUGUGCUUAGGGCUUCCUGGAAAUGCAUAAACUUCAUGGCGUCAUGGUUUCUGUCUCGCAGGAUGCUGUAACGUAUAGCUUGUACGCUGAAGUGUGCGGGUGAGAACGCGUCGCUAACGUGAACGCAUGAGGCAGGAGUACGUCCUGGCGGCACGCUCUCUGUCAUGUGGUCACUUCAUUGGAAUGGGUUGGCGCGAGAUGGACAUCUUAAAUCACAGUCGCCCGUGUCUGAUGAUGUGCAUUGUGCAACCCACAUUGCUGAUUGUUCCCUGUUCCAAGCUGUUGGUUCUAGAUUUCUCAAUGCUGUGUGAUCAGUAAAUAAAGUUUUGGUGCCUCA